CUUGAGCCUAUUGCUCCAUUCAAGCGGUGUCCCACGGCAGCUGUCGAUCACGAAGAAAUUUGCACAGUAGAAGAUGCUCUUCGACACGACGGCUUUCCGGACGAGGAAGAAGCAGUUGGAAUGCCAAAUACAACUACUGAACUCAAUACGCAAGAAUACGAACACGAAAGUGUAGGGGAGAAAAAUCUUGUCGUCUCCGAAGGUUCCGGGUCCGAAAUUUUGGCUGAUGUUCUGGAAACAGCAGAGGCCUUAGUGAACGAGGACGAGCCCACAGUUUGUUGCACAGCCGAGAACGGUCGCGAAGAACUUCGACUGGAGAAACAAAGUCGCUCAGAACAAGAGCAGGACUUGCUUGCGUCGCUGCCUGACGAUGUCGACGAACGGGAACAUGUUGGGGAACAUUGGGUAAACCAGAAUGAGAAUUAUACGACUGCAGAUUUUUACUAUCGCCCACCAGCGUCGUGCUCGGGCGAGUCGGCGAACGAUGAAGAGGAAUGUUGCGACACGCGGACGUACGGAUAGUUUUUUUUUGAUUCUGGGCCAACGGCUUUUUGUCGGGCGAAACAUAAAACGAAAGUAUAAUUGAUUUAGCACAAGAACAAGCGCAAGGAAAUUCUUUCAGUUCAUUUCCGAUUCACUUGUCUUACUUCAACUGCACUAGGUUCGAAGAGGUCCUGAUUUCUAGUGCCGAGGACAAUCGCGAGGACGGCAAUACUGCCCCACCUGUUUCUGGCGAUCGCCUCCUUAACCCCGGCGAUGCGUUGUGCGACAGUAAUGAAGAGCCGCUCACCUUCCUGCAGGAGCAGUACGGGCGGAGUGCGGUGGCGAUGGAUAUUUCGCCAUUAGUCGAGCUGGCGAAGUCCUGCAGCAUCAACUCCAAUUCGUUUCAUUUGGAUCAGACGGACCGCAACGCGCUCAGCGUGCGGUCGUCUUGUCGCAGCCGCGGCAGAAGCUCGCCACUUGCGGUCGGU